UGUGCGCCUCGCUCUCUUCUUCCCAAGCCCGUGACUACAGUAGCUGGACGCGAGGAGGGGAAGAGUCAGCUCUGGGGCCCAGAAAGGGCAGGAGAGACAGAGUCGGCCUCUCUGCCCCCCGCCCCUCUCAGCAAGCCCCCCUACCAGUCUCCCCUCCUCUUUCCCGCGCUCAGUAUUUCUGGGAAAGAAAACCCAACGUCUCCCAGAUGAAGAAGACUCAUCUGUUUGUCGUGGGGGUCUGCCUUCUGUCCUCCUGCAGGGCAGAAGAGGGCCUGAACUUCCCCACGUAUGACGGCAAGGACCGCGUGGUGAGUCUCACCGAGAAGAACUUCAAGCAGGUGUUGAAGAAAUACGACUUGCUUUGCCUCUACUACCACGAGCCCGUGUCCUCAGAUAAAACCGCGCAGAAACAGUUCCAGCUGAAAGAAAUUGUGCUUGAGCUUGUGGCCCAGGUGCUAGAACAUAAGGAUAUAGGCUUUGUGAUGGUGGACGCCAAGAAAGAAGCCAAGCUUGCCAAGAAACUGGGUUUUCAUGAAGAGGGGAGCCUGUACGUGCUGAAGGGCGAUCGCACGAUUGAGUUCGAUGGCGAGUUUGCCGCUGACGUCCUGGUGGAGUUUCUCUUGGACCUCAUCGAAGAUCCAGUGGAGAUCAUCAACAGCAAGCUGGAAGUCCAAGCCUUUGAACGCAUCGAGGACCAGAUCAAACUCAUUGGCUUUUUCAAGACCGAGGACUCGGAAUAUUUCAAGGCUUUUGAAGAGGCAGCCCAGCACUUCCAGCCUUACAUCAAAUUUUUUGCUACCUUCGACAAAGGGGUUGCAAAGAAAUUGUCCUUGAAGAUGAAUGAGGUUGACUUCUACGAGCCGUUCAUGGACGAGCCCAUUGCCAUCCCUGACAAACCUUACACGGAAGAGGAGCUCGUGGAGUUCGUGAAGGAUCAUCAAAGACCUACCCUACGUCGCCUGCGCCCAGAAGACAUGUUCGAAACAUGGGAGGAUGAUUUGAACGGGAUCCACAUAGUGGCUUUUGCAGAGAAGAGCGACCCAGAUGGCUACGAGUUCCUGGAGAUCCUGAAGCAGGUGGCCCGGGACAACACGGACAACCCCGACCUGAGCAUCGUGUGGAUCGACCCGGACGACUUUCCUCUGCUUGUCGCCUAUUGGGAAAAGACUUUCAAGAUUGACCUAUUCAAGCCGCAGAUUGGGGUGGUGAAUGUGACAGAUGCCGACAGUGUCUGGAUGGAGAUUCUGAGUGACGAUGACCUGCCCACAGUGGAGGAGCUGGAAGAAUGGAUUGAGGAUGUGCUUUCCGGAAAGAUAAACACCGAGGACGAUGACAAUGAGGAUGAAGAUGACGAAGAUGACGAUGACGGUGACGAUGACGAUGACGACGACGACUCCGAUGAGGAGGAUGACGACGACAGUGACGACGACGAUGAUGAAUAGCCCGACUCCACGUGAUUCUGGUGAAGAUCUCAGCUGCCCGCAUCCACACAGACAGCACACGGUAGCCGCGGGCGGCCCCGGCCCUCGCCCGGCCAGCUCCUCCCCCUUUGCCAGCAUCUCUCUUCCUGUUCCUGUGGCAUCGGGAGCUGCGCAAUUCAGCAAACGCCUUGCGAAACCCAGUCACCCCACCCGGCAAGGACAAGUGGGGGAUUAUUCCCAUGUUGACGGUCUUGAUUGUCAUGGAGAAGCCCUCAUUCUCUGACCAGCUGCGGUCACGGCAGUGCCAGAAUCUGGGGAGAAUGACCCUCUAACACCUCUGCUCAAGUUUGUCGUCUUGGUGAGCAUGGAGCGACUUUGUUAUCAACGCCCAGAGAGGACGUCAGUUAAUCCACUUAGCCCCGGAUGUCAGCUAGGACACGACCACCAACCGCCUUCCCAUCCCCCUGCCCCGUCCGGAGAAGGCUCAGCCUUGGAAACAGGUGUAUGUCAGCUGGUCUUGGCUCCAUUAAACUCAAUAUUUUAAGUGUAGGUCAGACCAUUAUGACCUCAGAUCCAGGCUUCUGGGUGUCUACCGAGAGGACCUGACGCGCCUGUGUGUGGAUGUCAUCAUCGUCUCUAUCGUGCUAGGAUACUGAGAUGGGAGCUCGAUUUGCUCUCUGAACUUGCCCUGUAGGUCACACGUCUCACAUAUCCACAUGGGGGUGGGAGGAACUGAAAGGACUCAAGGUUUUUCGUUUUCUCUGAUGGGUUCAUAUCCCUGAUUGCAUUGGCUGGUUUCCUAGCCUGAGCUGGGGUCCGACCACCCCUUCUCUGUCACUGCUAGGGAGACUUCUCAUUUGGAGUAAAGGUUGGUUUCUCCAGAGGUCAGUUACCUCUCCGUUCAUCAGCACCCCCAUAGCCGACCAGGACAACAGUAAUUAGAGUUCAUAAUGAUGCCCUGAGGAACUAAAACAAAAAUCCCCAAGUGCCUUCUGAACCAUCUAAAAGUUAUACUGUGCUCUAUAGAUUUAGCGUUAAGCGUGCAUUACAAGGUUCUAAUUUAUUUUCUCAAUCUUUAAAUGCUUGUAAGACACUGCAGGUUCUUUGAAAAUGAGGCAAUCCUUGUAUGGAAUAGUAGUAAACUAACUCUGCCAUUAAAGUCAUAUUUUGAAAAAAUGGA